AUGUCAACGUUUGGAAAUGCUGCUGGUGUAAUAUGGAGAAAUACUGAAGAUGAGGUGCUUAAAGCAGGGGUAAUGAAAUAUGGUAAAAAUGAAUGGGCAAGAAUUAGUAGUUUGAUUGUAGGUAAAUCUCCACAACAGUGUAAAGCUCGGUGGUAUAGUUGGCUAGAUCCAUCGAUUAAAAAAACUGAGUGGACUUCAACUGAAGAAGAGAAAUUACUUCAUUUGAUUAAAAUAUUUCCUUCACAAUGGCAAACAAUUUCUAAAAGUGUUGGAAGAACUCCAGCACAAUGUAUUGAAAAGUAUAACCAGCUUAAAGAUGAAGCAACUGGAGACGAUCAUUCAGGACUGAGAGAAAAAGAGAUGAACGAAAUCAUUCCAGAAACAAGACCCGCUUUAAAAGACAGAGUUGACCUUGAUGAUGAUGAGAUUGAAAUGCUAAAUGAGGUUCGUGCACGUCUAGCUAAUACUAAAGGAAAGAAGGCUAAACGUAAAGAACGUCAAAAAUUACAACAAGACACAGCUUAUGCUACUGAACUUCAAAAAAGAAGAGAACUUAGAGCAGCUGGUAUUCAAGUUAGUUAUUCUCAUAAAAUAAAAGGGCCAGAUUAUAAUUCAGAAAUACCAUUCUUUAGAGAAGUGCCCCAAGGAAAAUUUAAUCCUCAAAAAGAUCAUAAACCACCAAAGAAACCAUCAUUUAUUGGUAAAGAAAUGAAUUGA